UCCUCUAUAGAGCACCACAUGGACAAUGUCCAAGUUAUUGGUACGAUUUUUGUUCCUAAUUGUCUUAUUUGUGCACCUAGAUUGUGAAGUGUUCCGCGAUAGACCUAGAAUAAAAACAAACGAAGGCAACCUCAUAGUAGAACCGGCGUUCGACAAGAAUAUCUACCUACAAACAAAUGGACCGAAAUCUACAGUAUUCGUUGGAGGAAUCAAUAUCCUGAACAUAAAUCUAACUGACAAUAUUGGACGCCAAGACCAACCAGUCAUUGAUGACUCAGUGAAGUACAACAGUAUUCUUAGACGACUAGAAAGAUUGGAGAAUCGAGAUACUCAGCCCAGUGACUUGUUAUUCAAUAUAACUAUUUUAUGGCGCAGAGUAAAUAGACUCACAACUAGAGUUUCAAGUCUUCAAAGUCUUAUUAAUAAUGGAGGAAGAGAUAGUUGUCAGUCACAUCCUUGUGCACACGGUGGCACCUGUUUGAACUUGGUUAAUGGUUAUCACUGUCUAUGUCCAUCUAACUGGGAAGGAAAGGAUUGCGAUCAAGACGUUGAUGAGUGUCGACACUUCCAAGGCACAGACUUGGGCUGUCAAAAUGGGGCGAGAUGCCGAAAUACACCCGGAUCAUACGAAUGUGAAUGCCGCCCCGGUUGGUAUGGACAGCAUUGCACAAGAAGGGCAAUGGAUUGCAACGGUGGCAACUUUGAAAUGUGUGGCUACGGAACUUGUAUACCAACCAACACUGGUAGUGGAAUAAAAUGUAUUUGUGAUCAAGGCUGGACGACUAACGGAACUGGUGUUGCUUGCCUAACAGAUGUAAACGAAUGCAAAUCCAGCCAGGGUCCGCGAUGCUCAGUUAAUCCCACAGUUGAGUGCAUUAACUUACCAGGAUCCUUCCGCUGCGGACUGUGCCCUGCAGGGUACGAAGGAGAUGGAUACAUAUGUUCUGAUAUUGACGAAUGCUUAACUACACCCAAUGGUGGUUGCAGUACUAGUCCUUUAGUAACAUGUCAUAAUACCAUUGGAUCACGCAUCUGUGGUGCGUGUCCUCCUGGCUACCAAGGAGACGGCAUCACGUGUACUUGGAGAGGUUCCUGCAAUAUUAAUCGUGGUGGAUGUCAUCCUUCGGCGCAAUGCAUCGACAACCCAGCUCUUGGUGGUCAAAUAGCUCAAUGCAUUUGCCCUCCGGGAAUGGAAGGAGAUGGAAUUGGAUUGAACGGGUGUUAUGUUCCAACUGGAAACUUCACACGCGGCUGCGAGAUGAACCCUUGCGGCGUCCACGGCCAGUGCCACCCACUGCGGUCGGGUUAUACGUGUAUUUGCUACAGAGGUUACGGAGGGGCUCACUGCGACUCGGCAAGUAACUACUGCGCAAGUCAACCGUGCCUCAACGGAGGUAGUUGCAGGCCAGACGAGAGCUCGCCGAGAGGAUUCAGAUGUGAGUGCACAGCUCAAUUCUCCGGAGAUCUAUGCCAUGUAGCUGCCAAAACCUGUGGCGGGCUGCUGCAAGCUGAAGAGGGUAGUAUUGUUUAUCCUUUAACUAAUACCACGUAUAAUCAUAACUCUAGAUGUGCUUGGGUUAUACAAACAGAUCGUGAUAAAGUCAUAAACGUAACAUUUAGUAAGUUUAAUCUAGAAGCCAAUCCAGAAUGUUUAUAUGAUUUCUUACAAAUACAUGACGGUAGAAGUUCUGCUAGUCAAAUUAUCGGAAGGUUUUGCGGUAACGAGUUUCCUAAAGGUGGUAACAUAAUAUCAAGUCAUAAUAACUUGUACUUUUGGUUUAGAUCAGAUCAAACCGUAGCAAAAGACGGGUUUGCUUUGCACUGGAAUAGUAUAAACCCCGUAUGUGGAGGUACAAUCAAUGCAACAACACACGGUCACAUAAGCUCGCCUGGCUCGCCGGGUCAAUAUCCGCCGAAUAGAGACUGUUACUGGCAUCUACUGACGGAUUUAGGAAAAAGGAUACAGUUGCAUUUCUUCGCACUUGAUAUUGAGUCGCAUUCAAAUUGUAGUUAUGAUUUUCUCGCAAUUUACGAUGGGGAACGGACCACAGACCCUCUUCUCAGUAAAUACUGCAGCUCUGCACAGCCGGCACCUGUGCAAUCUGCGGGCAGCGAUCUUCUCAUACAUUUCCAUUCUGAUGCGUACGGUUCGGGAUACGGAUUUCAAUUAGCUUAUGCUCCCGCUGACGGGGUACCCGGUUGCGGUGGCUUUUAUACCAGCGAUAGAGGAGAAAUUGUUUCUCCAGCGUACGAUGGAAAAUACUUAAGUAAUCUUUUAUGCGAAUAUAAAAUCAAAACAAGCCCUGAUACCAAAAUACGGCUCAAUUUUAUAUCUUUCAAAUUAGAAAGUUCAUUUAGAUGCAAAUACGAUUAUGUUAAAAUUUAUGAUGGUCCAUCGCAAGAUUCUAGGUUUGUUGGUAAAUUUUGUGGAAGCACAUUUCCCAAAUCUUAUACGUCAUCGUCAAAUCAAAUUUAUAUUAAGUUUAAAUCGGAUCACAGCAUGUCUGCUGACGGUUUUCGCAUUACAUAUGAAACGAUAUGUCAACAGACUAUAUUAGGCGAUAGUGGUGUUGUAAAGUCACCUGGAUACCCGUUCAGUUAUCCAGAGAAUAAAAUGUGUGAAUAUAUUAUCGGAACAUCGCCUGGUAAAGCGAUUAAACUAACGUUCCAAGACUUUGAUAUUGAAGAUAACAACUAUUACAAUUGCCGAUAUGAUAACGUUGAAAUCAGAGAUGGAGCUGAUGUCAAUGCCACGCUGUUAGGCAAGUACUGUGGAGGAACGGAACACACUCCGCCGAUGUUGGUAUCGACACACAAUUUCAUGUACAUCAAAUUUACUUCCGAUUUGAGUAUUUCGGGUACAGGAUUUUAUGCAAACUAUACCACUAUCGAUACAGAAUGUGGAGGCAUAUACAGGGAACCUACAGGUCAUGUUAAUCAUCCAUCUGGGAGUGACACUAUUUAUAAAAAUGACCAGACAUGUACCUGGAUGUUAAUAGCCCCACCAGGAAUGCACAUCAAGUUAACAUGGAAUAGAUUUGAUCUUGAGAAUAUGCCGUCUUGUAGAAGUGAUUAUGUAGAAUUGAACGAGAUAGAUGAAAAUAAUGAACUGAAUUUAUUAGGGAAAUAUUGUGGCGUCACAUUUCCACCUGCAAUAACCACGACUUCGCCUCAACUUCAGAUCAAGUUCCAAUCAGAUAGCAGCGUACGAUCCGCCGGUUUUUCGGUUUCGUAUACAUUUUUGGAUGAAAAAACCCAUUGCGGUGGUUUGUUUACUAAAGCCCAUGGCAGGUUAUAUUCCCCAGGGUGGCCAAAGAGGUAUGAAAAUAGUCGCGAUUGCAUCUGGACGAUACAAGCACCAGCAGGUCAACAAAUAAAACUAAAUAUCUCACAAUUUGAACUAGAACGACCAGUACGUAUGUCAUGUGAUUUUGCAGACUAUUUAGAAAUAAGAAAUGGCGCUUCUAAUACAUCUCCACUUAUUGGGAAGUAUUGUGGCUCCUUUGAAUCGAAACGUAUAGUUUCUUUAGCAAACGUAUUAUACUUACAUUUCCAUUCAGAUUCCUACAUAACGGGCAAAGGUUUCCAGAUAGAAUGGGAUAGCACAGCAUAUGGAUGUGGUGGUACACUAACUAGUCCUUCUGGCACAAUAGCAUCUCCAAACUAUCCCCUCAGUUAUAACGAGAACGCAGAAUGCUUCUAUAAAAUUGUUACCAGUGCUGGAUCAAGAAUCCGUGUCAGUUUUACCGAACUUGAUUUAGAACGGACGAUUAAUUGUAGAGAUGAUUAUGUACAAAUAUAUGACGGACGCGAUGAGAAUAGUCCUAGUUUGGGAACAUAUUGUGUCAUGUCUCCAAGAAUUAGACCAAUUGAAUCCUCCACAAAUUAUCUUUAUAUAAAAUUCCGUUCCGAUUUCUACAUAUCAAGCAAAGGUUUCUUAUUAGAGUACAGCACAAUAUGCCAACAUAAUAUGACAGGAUCGCAUGGAGUAAUAGAAAGUCCUGGUUAUCCUGGUACAUAUCCAACUAAUUUAGAUUGUUUGUGGACUAUUAUUGUUCCUAAAGGUAAUAAGAUAAAUGUUACAUUCACACUAUUCGAUGUAUAUAAAUCCGGUAGACUAAGAUAUCGUUUAGUAAGCCAUUAUGGUUCGUAUACUCCGAUGAGUGGUGUGCAAUCGUGUGAUAAUGAUUAUGUACAAAUGAAAGAAUUAACUGAUAUUAAUUUUGGAGAAAAGAUGUGUGGAACUACAUUACCAAAAAGGAUUAGCAGUAAAAGUAAUUCUUUGCAAGUUAAAUUUAUAACGAGCUUAUACACUUUUCCCAAAAGUGGUUUUCGCUUAGAGUGGGCCAGGCAUGGAUGCGGCGGAUAUCUUCAAAAGACGUACGGAACUAUACAUUUAGACAGGUCUAUGACUUCCAGUGGGGAGUUGGAAUGUGAAUGGAUAUUAGAGACGUCACCAGGAACUAGUGUAACAAUUAAUAUAGGUCAGAUCUAUAUGACUGACAGUGUAAAUUGUACCACUGAUGCUAUAGAAAUUUAUAACGGAAGAAGUAUCAACGAUCAGCUUCUAACAAAAGUUUGUCACCACAGCCAAGAAUUGACAACUGUGACAUCAACUGACAAUGUUAUGUUGGUCAGAUUUGUGAAGCACUCGACCCUGAAAGACGUUAAUUUCUCAGCGUACUUUAACGGACAUAUGACUGGAUGUGGAGGGAGAAUCGAAGCACUCUCUGGCAUAAUUCACUCUAAGAAUUAUCCUAAAAACUACGAAAAUAGUAUGAAUUGCUUGUGGACAAUUCUAGUUCCCAGAUAUCAUAGAAUCGAGUUCAAUUUUAUGGAAUUUGAUCUUUAUUCUUCAAAUACAGACACAGAUUGUGGUGACUCAGUAAAAAUAUAUGAUGGGGAUAUGGUCUUACAUUCAAAUUAUUCGCAGCGUAUUUGUCCAAAUAAUGAAGUAUCCCAAAUUAUUUCUAAGAGCAAUGUGCUAGGGGUACGGUUUCAAUCGGACAACUUUGGUACAGCAAAAGGAUUUAAAGCCAACUUCACUGUUAUUUGUGGGGGCACCAUAAAAUCAACAUUUUAUGGUGGUAUAAUAAAUACUGAGAAAUGGCUCGCCACGCGUAUAUCAAAUAACUGCACAUGGACAAUUUUAGCUCCGUCUUUGGAUAAAAAAAUAAGUCUAAUAAUAACUCAUAUGUCUAUUCCAAAAAACACUGACAUUAUUACGACAAGAAAGUGUCCGUCGUCUUACCUAAGAGUAUACGAUGGUAACGACGUGGACGCUCCAGUGGUCGACGAGUUCUGUGGCCACAAAGUUCCUCCAAUGAUAGUGAGUCACGGCAGUGCUAUUACUCUUGUGCUAGGCACAUACAAUGGCACAGUUGAAGGCCAAUUUUACGCGACGUAUUCAACGCUUACUACCGCCUGUGGAGGUAUUUUGACCUCUGAAGAAGGAUCUAUUGCGUCACCUAACUAUCCACUAUCUUAUCCAAACAAGGCCAGCUGUGAAUGGACAUUAAGUACGUCACCGGGUAACAGAGUCUACAUAACAUUUGAACAAUUUGAUUUAGAAUAUUCAGAAAACUGUAACGAAGAUUAUUUGGAAGUACGUGAAAACAAUGGCGCAGGACGUUUGCUUGGCGUUUACUGUGGCACUGAUAUUCCCACUAAUACAACAGCGGCAACAAAGCUUUUUAUUAAAUUCCAUAGUGGACCUGAAAACAACGGGCGCGGUUUCCUUCUACAUUACGGAUUUUUACAUGGUAACGAAAUAAGUGGCGUCGAAUCUGGAGAGAUUGCAUCUCCACUGUAUCCACAUAUAUACGAGGAUAGUGGUGAAUACUCGUGGAGAAUCAAUGUAGAGGGAUCUAAAUUAAUUACGGUCUUAGUCGACAUUUUGCAGAUUCCUACAUUGGGAACAUCAUGUUACAAUAGCUUGGUUGUUUACGAUGGAUACGACGAAGAUGCCCCAGUGUUAGAAGAAUAUUGCGGCAUGUUAACUGAACAGAAACAACUGAAAACUACGUCCAACGUAGCUUUUAUAAAGUUGACUCUAGAUGAAUCGAAUACAGGCUCCAUGUUCCAUAUUCGUUGGGCUAGUGGUGAUGCGAAUACUGAAGCAACCGGUGAUACUGUAAAUUGUGGGUUCAACGAAACUCGACUUUUGUCUCCCGGAGAAAAGAUAACAAUUAAAUCACCAGGGUAUGACGGAGCUGCUUAUGAUAACGACCUUAACUGCGAGUGGGUGUUUAAAGCGUCACCUGGUAAUCACCUAAAUUUGCAUUUCUUGUCUAUAAAAUUGGAACAAACGCCAAUGUGUUUUGCUGAUUAUGUGUCAGUUUAUUCUUCGGAAUCCAUUUCGACGUGGAGUCCCGUAAAAGAAAAUAUAUGUUUAUCUGAACAAGGUAAGCAAGAUCUUAAUUCUACUACUUAUAUGAAGAUUGUGUUUAAAACAGAUUCCUCUAUAACACGAGAAGGAUUUGAAGCGCAAGUGAGCUCAGCUUGCGGUGGUAUCACGUCUGGUUUGUCUGGAGUCAUAGGCCCUAAUUGGAACGAUACGGUUGGUAAAGUUAUUAUAAAUUGUGAAUGGACUAUAAAAGUGAGACCCGGCCGAACUAUACUAUUAAGCUUUGAUAGUUUCAAUAUUACUAACCCAGAUUCGCAAUGUGUUACUUAUGUCAAAUUACGAAAUGGGAACUCUGCUGAGGCUCCUAUGUUAGCGGAUGGUAAAUAUUGUGGAUUAGAGCACGAAAAUAGACAAAACAUUGAAUCUUCAAGUAAUGCUGUAUUCGUUAGUUACUCUACAUUCCAGAGAUCACGUACAGCAUUUGGAAGCUUUAGAUUGCGCUUCGAAGAAAAAGGUUAUGAGUGUGGAGUAACGGCAAGUUUAGACUCUGACCACAAAUGGGAAAUUAUAAGCUCUCCAAAUUACCCAUCAGUACCUGUUCCGUAUUCAGAAUGCUUAUGGGUAUUCCACGGUCCUCCAGGAGAAAUAUUAAGAGUAGAUUUUUUGGACAGGUUUGAUCUAGAUCGAACCAAUGAUUGUACAUUAGAAUACGUUGAGAUUCGAGAAGGCUCUUCUGAUCUAUCUCCAUUAAAAGGGCGAUAUUGCAAAGAAAUGCCUGGUACUAUCAAAACAACUGGUAAUGUAAUUUAUGUAAAGUAUUAUACACAACUGGCAGAUCCCAAAAAUGGUUUCAAAGCUAAUGUGUCUAUUGAUGUCUGUGGCGGAACAAUAAAAGCAAGCAAAGGUGAAGUAAUUUCACCUGGAUAUCCACAUAUGCAAACUAUACCAUAUGGGUCAGUAUGUGAAUGGAAAAUUAUUGGAAAUCCCCGACAGGUAUUGUUAUUGAAACCUCAGGAUAUUCAAUUGCCAGAAUCAGAAGCACCGUGUGCUACAAAAAUUACGGUUGAGGAAACUGUACCUGUUAACAAUACAAUCACUGUUUUGCAAACUUUUUGUAGUGAACAAGAAGGAGGAGAGGAGUAUACUGAAGACAAAGAAGAUGAAAUGUCGUUAAUACAAACUUCGUCAAAUGAAGUGUCGAUUAAAUUUCACAUGGGUAAACCAGCCGAAUGGACACAGACUUCUACCAACAGAGGAUUCCGAUUCACGUUUAAUUCUUCAUUCCUUCGAUGUGGAGGGCAAGUAACGACUCCUGAAGGAUUUCUGGCUACUCCAGCUUACCCUCGAGAUACAACGUUACGUUAUUGUCAAUGGCAAAUUUCAUUACCAGACAAAUCGCGCCGAGUACACUUAGAAAUUUUGGAUUCUGGUAUACAGACACAUACAAUAGGAAUGUAUAAUGACUUUGAUUUUCAAUCAUCUUUACAUAUUAUAAAGAGUGGUGACGUGUCUAGUCCACGGGUAUUUGAGUCAUCUGGUCCCAAGCUUUCAAUUUAUGUGUUGUUAAAUUCACCAGCAGCACGACACAGAUUUAAAGCCAAGUUUAGCUCUGACGAACCGGCAUUGUGCGGUGGAACCUUGACAGACUUGAGCGGUGAGCUUAUGUCGCCCAACAUCGACCGCCCAUAUAUGUGCGAAUGGCAUUAUAGUCCUAACCAAGUAAGUAAUUCAAGUGAUUUCAAAACUUUAUAUGUUACAGUCAAAGGCAAUUCAUCGACUACUAGAAAUCGAUGCGGAUUUCAAGAUCCUAGAUUAAAAAUACGAUCUACAGUGUCAAGAUUAAGACGCAUAUUUUAUACUAGAAUAGUUUGUGGUAAUCAAGAAUCGACUUUCAGAAUACCAUCGUCUGAGAUGGACUUAAAGGCUUCAAAGAGCAGCAAAGAAGGAAGUUAUUUAGAAUUCCAUCUAAAGUGGAAAUUGCAGCCCUGUGGGGGUGUUGUAGAAGUGGGAGCAAAUGAAGUCAAUAUGUUAAACGUACCUAGUAAUUAUAACGAUACGCUAGAUUGUGCAUGGAUAGUUUUAGUUCCCUCAGACCAGACCAGAGUGCAAAUAAAGUUAGAUGGCUCUUUCGUACUAGACUGUGAUAACGAAUUUGUAAAGAUAGGAGAUGGAAUUGAAGAAGUCAUGCCGAUUAUAGGAGAUUACUGUAAAGAUAGAUUGCAAGAAGCUCCUCUUAUAACAAAAUAUAGGAACUUGCUAGUCCAAUACCAUUCCAACGUAAAAAAUGAAACUCAAGUACGCCUAAUGAUAAAAUCCGUUACUCAAAGUUGCGGAGGGAUUUUAAGAGAAUAUGAAACAAUGUUCGAAUCACCAAAUUAUCCUGAAAAUUAUGAUCCAAAUAUUGAAUGUACAUGGGAAAUCAUAGCCAAUCUAGGCAACAGAAUAUCUUUGCAGUUUAUUAAUCGAUUUGUAAUAGAAGACCGAGUCAAUUGUACGAAAGACGCAGUUAUUAUUUAUGAUUGGCAAAAUGGUAAAUAUACUCAAGUUAGUAGAUUAUGUGGACGCACUUUACCGCCAGUCUUCAACUCCACGAUGAAUCGAAUGAAGGUUGUACUACGCACGGAUUCCGAAACUAACUUAGACGGCUUUAGAGCCUGGUGGACAACAAUUUGUGGAGGAAAAAUAAACGCUACAAGUAAAGAACAAAUCUUGUACAGUCCAGGAUGGCCUGAUAAUUAUUUACCAAAUGCUGAUUGUACUUACGUGAUAAGUGGUGGAAAUAAAAAAAUAUCACUUAAAUUUUUAGAGUUCGAACUAGAAGGAAAUUAUCCCUCUUGUGAAUUCGACAACUUCACGAUGAGUGCCUAUAACAAUUAUGAUUAUCUUGAGGAAACUUAUUGCGGGUCACAAAUUCCUCCUUCAGUACACAAUUUUGAUAAAGUGACAUUAACCUUCAAAUCAGACAGUUAUAUUAGCAGAAAAGGAUUUAAGCUGUUGUAUAGUUACUACGAGUGUGGUGGAGAAAUAAAAGAACCAACAGUUAUUAGUUCGACUCCUGAUGGUGAACGCUAUACUUCAAAUGAGAAUUGUACUUGGAUUAUCGAAGCACCAGCUGACAAAAUAAUCGUGUUAAAAUUCCAAGAUAUCGAUCUCGAGACUAGUAAUGAGUGUUAUAGCGAUUAUGUUGCGAUAUUUAAUGGCAAAGUUAUAGAUGAAGACAAACGUGUGGCGUUACUUUGUGGUCACGUUAAAGCUCCAACGAUUUUCCGUAGCACCGGUAAUACUAUGGUCGUGCAAUUUGUAAGCGAUGUUAGUGUACAAUACAAAGGAUUUAAAGCUGACGUUUUCUUUAGCUACUCCUCUGCUGUCGGGUGUGGUGGUCACAUUGAAUUAACGACAACCGCUGCCACACACACCUUUAAGUCUCCUCUUAUUGCGCGCAAUGUAGUGUACGAAAAUUUCUUAGAUUGCGAAUGGACUGUCAACGCGCCAGCAAGUUAUGCUAUUAAGGUAGAAUUCAAAUCUUUCCACGUAGCCUCAUGCGACGGUGUUAAUCAGACGGCUUUAGGUUUCAGUAAAUGCGAUUGCGAUUACGUUGAAGUCAAGGACGGUAUAAACCCCAAAGACAUAGUUAUAGGCACCUACUGCGGUCACACAUUACCACCACAGGUAAUUUCUUCACAAAAUACAAUGAGUGUGCGACUUUUUACUGAUGGCGAAAUAGCCAGUUCUGGUUUUGAAGCCGUAGUGACUACCCAGAGGUCUGUAUGUGACCAGUCAUUUUAUUCACUAACACGUGAUGUCGUAACAGUGAAAUCCUUUGGUUAUUCAUCGGGCGUGAUACCUCGGGGAUUGCAUUGCGUUUAUCAUUUCUUGACUAAUCCAGAUGAAUACUCGAUUAUACACUUCACAAUAAAGAACCUAGACCUGCGCCCCGGAGAACCAGAUCCUAAUCAAUGUAACAAAGAUAAACUUGUCGUAAAAAGUAUUCCUCGCCAUCUCAACACUAGUGUUGGUAAGGAUUUCGUAUUGGAUACUCCCCAGGAUUAUUUCUACAGCAACAGUUAUAUAUAUAUCGAGGAUGAGAUGCGUCUUCCUGACCAGUAUGAAUUUUGUGGAAUGAAAAAAGAUAUAGAUUUAUACUUAACUGGUAGUGUUACAGUUUAUGUGCAAACAUCACCAGAUUCAGACUCAAAGAAAUACAAAGGCAUGGAAAUACAGGUUUCACUUAAUGGUUUUUGUGGAAGGAAUUAUACUGAGCCUCAAGGUAGGAUUAGCUCAUCGUAUGGUACAAUCCCGAAUGACGCACCAAAGGAUUGCUACACACUUAUUACAGCGCCGGAAAAUUUCACGAUAUCCGUGUACUUCUUGCACGUCCAGCCAAACUAUUAUGAUGAGGAUGUUUACUUAGACAUUUACGACGGCAAUAGUACUGCUGCUACCAGGUUGCACAGAGUUAAUUCAGAAGCAGAUGACGAUGUAGCCGUAUUUUCGACAGGCACAUCCAUAUUGCUGCACAACCAUUUCACCGAUACAGAUUUCGUGACUUACGAUUUGAACUAUGUGACGUCAGACAAAGGCCGCGGUUGUGGAGGGAAACUCCACAAUUUACUAGGUAAAGUUUACAGCCCGAUGUAUCCCUCAGUGUAUAGACAGAAAGGUAGUUGUGAGUGGGAAAUUGAGACUACAACAAAGACGCGCGUGCGUUUGCACUUCACGGUGUUCGAUUUAGGCCGAUCGUGUGACCAGAAUUACGUACAACUUGUCGAUAGAAGCGGUAAGGUCAUCUCCACAUACUGCGAUGAAAUCCCCGCCGACUAUACCAGUACGGAUAACUAUGUUAAAAUAGUGUUUACUACUAGCAUGAAUAAUGCUGGUACUGGAUGGAUAGCUGAUUUUAUUGCUGUUUUGUAAUCAUUUAUUCAUUUUUAUCAUAAAACGAUAUUAGGUAAGUACAUUGUUUGUAUUAUAACACUAAUGUUCCUUAUUAUCAGGAUGAUAAUUUGGGCAACUGUAUUAAGUACUCUCUUAGAAAUAUUUCUAAAUUGGAGGGUAUCAGUUUAUGUUAAUGUGAUUAUUGAAAUAAUUCUGUAUUUAAGUAUUUAUAUUUAGUUAACUAGUAAAUAAAAUAGAUUAAGUUUAUUUGUCACUACUUAUUUAUUUUUAUCAAAUUUUGUUUAAGAACAUCUACUAUC